ACGUUGAUUAUGGGGGAAUAUUUGAAAUUAAAUAUUUUGGAUAAAAAAUACAACGAUAAGAAUAUUUUUGAAAGUAGAUUGCUUCCAUUCGCAAACAGCGAAUUAAAAUUUUCAAAUCUAAUAAAAGCUGAACUUUUAACACAUGGUGAAGACGUUAAAACGGUUUAUGACUUAACUUUGUCACUAAAUGAGAAAUUUGAUUACUUACCAGGCGAUACAAUUGGAAUUUUAGCUCAAAAUAAUUUAGAUGAGGUUAACAAUUUAUUGGAUCGUUUAAAUUUAACUGGGGUUGCUGAUAAUGAAUAUUGUUUAUCUAUUUUGGAAGGAACAAUCAAGAAAAACCCCACAUUACCUAAGCAUGUACCAAAAAAUGGUAGUAUUCGUAAUAUUUUUGUCAAUAAUAUUGAUAUUAGAACACCACCAAAAAAGCUUUUUCUAAAAAACCUCUUGAUACAUACUUCAGAUUCAAAGGAUUCAGAUUUUUUAAAACACAUUACGUCAACAUUGGGAACACAGGAUUACAUGAAGUUUAUUAAUAAUGAGGGCCGUACUUUGCUAGGGUUAUUAAAUAUAUUAUCAUCAUGUUUACCACCAGUUGAAAUUAUUAUAGAAAAUUCAGUUAAUCUGCAGCCUAGGCCUUAUUCAAUUUCAUCAUCACCGUUAUUGAAUAAUAAAUUAAAUAUAACGUUUUUUGUUACCGAAAUUAGUAAGAAUGUUAAAGGUGUAUGCACAGGGUGGUUGGAAAAUAUUAUUAAGGAUAAAAGUGAUGUUAAAAUUCCAUUUUACUUUAGAAAACCCAAUAAUUUUAGAUUAGCGCUAGAUUUUCAUGUGCCUUUAAUUUUAAUAGGGACUGGGACAGGUAUUGCACCUUUUAUAGGAUUUUUAAAAUCUCUGGAAUUGGGGAAACCUCAACAUUUAGAAGAUAUUUGGUUAUUUCAUGGUUUUAGAUAUACAGACAGAGAUGCUUUGUAUAAAAACGAAAUAAGUGACUAUUGUAAAUCAGUAUUAACUAAAUACUUUGCUUGUUGUUCCAGAGAAGAUAAUAAAGUUUAUGUGCAACAUAAAAUAAAAGAAAAUGGGAAAGGAUUUAUUGAUUUAGUUAUGGUUAAAGGCGCGUCAAUUUUUAUUUGUGGAAAUUUAAAAACUGUCGUAAAAGAUGUAAAAAGUACGAUUUUAAAAUUGUUGGGGACAUAUGGAAAAUUAAAUGAACAAGAUGCCAAGAAUUAUUUGGCUCAAUUGGAAACUAAUAAGAAACUUUUAGUUGACUCCUGGUAA